AUGAAUUGGGAUCGUCUUUCUCGACCAAAAGAUGAUGGUGGGUUAGGUUUUCGUCUUCUCCAUGAUUUUAACCUGGCUAUGUUAGCUAAACAAGGCUGGAGGUUCCUGUGUCAUCCUGACUCUCUUGCCUCCAAGAUCUUUAAAGCUCGCUAUUUUCCCCAUGAUGAUUUUCUUUCGGCGGAUUUGGGUCGUAAUCCUAGCUUUGUUUGGCGUAGCAUUUGGAGUUCCAAAGACCUGGUCCGACAGGGUGUUAGACGAACUAUAGGUACUGGUUCCUCAACGAGUAUUAUGCACCAUCCCUGGCUCCCUGAUUCUAGUAAUCCUUAA